CGAAGCACCCGUGCGCUUUCCUUUCCUCCCUCCUCGCUGGGUCGUUCCCUAGCGAGCGGAUGGAAGGAGCCAAAGCCAACCAACCAACGACCGGCCGGCAAUAGGCCGCUGCUGUAGCGGAGAAUAGCAACGACGGACACCAAGGAGACGGGGUCAAGCGCCGGACGGGCCCCAAUCCUUGUCCCGUUUCCCUCCUGUGUCCUUCAAAUUCGAAGGCGGGAGGGAGGGAGGGAGGGAGGGAGGGAAUUGUUGUUUUGCUUCUCUGCCUCCAUUUCUUGGUUUCGAGCCUUUGAUUCGGAGGGAGGAAACAGGAGGAUGGAGGUGUCCGACAACACCAAGGGGCUCGCGCUCGCGAUCGCGUCCAGCGCCUUCAUCGGCGUCAGCUUCAUCCUCAAGAAGAUCGGCCUCUUGCGCGCUGGCAAGGGCGGCGUACGCGCAGGUGGUGGAGGAUACACUUAUCUUUGGGAGCCUCUGUGGUGGGCUGGAAUGACCACAAUGCUGCUUGGGGAGGUUGCAAACUUCGUAGCAUAUGCUUUUGCACCAGCUAUACUCGUCACUCCUCUUGGAGCAUUGAGCAUAAUAGUGAGUUCAGUGUUGGCACACUUUGUGCUGAAGGAGCGGCUUGAGAAGCUCGGGGUCCUUGGUUGUGUAUUGUGCAUAGUAGGUUCAGUUGUUGUUGUUAUGCAUGCUCCUAAAGAGCAUAUGCCUAACUCUGUCAAGGAAAUCUGGAACCUAGCUACUCAGCCAGGAUUCCUAACAUAUGCGACAGCAACAUUGUUACUUGUGGCAACAUUAGUAGUCUUCUUUGAACCUCGAUAUGGUCAGAAAAACAUCCUGAUAUAUCUGGGUAUCUGCUCUUCAAUGGGAUCACUAACGGUCGUUAGCAUCAAAGCCAUUGGUGUUGCCAUAAAGCUUACAUUGGAUGGAAUGAAUCAGGUUGCUUAUCCAUACACAUGGCUUUUUGUUAUGGUUGCAAUUAUCUGUGGGGUUUCUCAAAUAAAUUACCUCAACAAGGCACUGGAUACCUUUAAUUUAGCUAUUGUAUCACCUAUUUAUUAUGUAAUGUUUACGACCCUUACAAUAGUGGCGAGUGGAAUUAUGUUCAAGGACUGGGCUGGUCAAAGCUUAAGUAGUAUUGCUUCUGAAUUAUGUGGCCUUAUAACAAUCCUUUCCGGGACAGUUUUGUUGCACACAGCAGAGGAGGGAGCCACCAAUUCUGCAGCAUUGUUGGCUUGGCCUUUGGAUAAAGGAUCCAUAUCGUGGUGUAUCAGCUUAAGCAGUGACAAUCUACUGAAGAAUGUUGAAGAGGACUACUUCGCAGCUCUGCAAAGUUCACCUGCCCCAGUAUGACAAUACAUUGCCUCUACUUUGGUUGUACAAGAAACCAAUAGACUUUGUAAAAAUCAUGCAAAUCGGAGAGGAAUCUUAACUGUGCCAACAUUCUGGCAGUUUUGGUUGAGGAGAUUUCAUCUGCCAUUUUUCAGAUUGUACAGAGGAACCUGUAAAUUUGUGAAUUCUUUUUAUACCCGGGACAAGAUUGGACUUGCUAUCCAUUGUUUGUUCAAAGGCAAGUAGAGUUGCUGCAUGCAUGUUGUAGUUUGUAUAAAUGUUUCUUCUUUAACUUAAGCUCAAAAGUGAAGAUUGAUGUA